UUGUAGGUGUCCGUAAUCUGCCGUGACGGCUAUCAGACCUCAUCUAUUUUACACAGAAGAAGGAAAAACUCCUCCCGACUCCUCUUUGAACUUUAUCUCCUCUCGCAGCUGCUCCAGGGACUCGUUGGAUGAGCUACCGGCAGAACGGCGGAACAAUUUGAAACCAGAUGAUGGACCAGUCAAACAGCACAUUUAGCAGCAACUGCAGCUCAAUUGAUGACUUUCGCAAUCAGGUCUACUCCACUGUCUACUCCAUCAUCACGGUCUUCGGUCUGGUGGGCAACGGUUUUGCACUGUAUGUGCUCCUUCGGACCUACCGCCAGUCCUCAGCCUUCCACAUCUACAUGCUAAACCUGGCCGUGGCGGACCUGCUGUGCGUCAGCACUCUGCCACUGCGGGUGCUCUACUACGUCAAGAAGGGCCAGUGGGACCUGGGCGACUUCCUGUGCAGGGUGAGCUCCUAUGCCCUCUAUGUCAACCUCUACUGCAGCAUCUUUUUCAUGAUGGCCAUGAGCUUCACCCGCUUCAUGGCCAUCGUCUUCCCAGUGCAGAACCUCCGCUUGGCUACCGAGCGCCGGGCACGCAUUGUCUGUGGUUGCAUCUGGAUUUUCAUCUGCACCACCAGCUCGCCGUUCCUCUUCUCCGGCCAGCACUUCGACCCGAAAACCAACAAGACCAAAUGCUUCGAGCCCCCGGCGGAGAGGGGCAGCAUCCAUAAACUGGUCAUGCUGAACUACUUCUCCCUGGUCGUGGGCUUCGCCAUCCCAUUUCUGGUCAUCCUCUUGUGCUAUGCGGGCAUCAUGAGAGCUCUGCUGCGCAACGCCAACGGCCUGAAGAAACAGCGCAACACACGUAAAAAGGCCAUCCGCAUGAUCAUCGUAGUCAUGCUGGCCUUCCUGAUCAGCUUCAUGCCUUAUCACAUUCAGCGCACCGUGCAUCUGCAGUUCAAAAAGAAGAACGCCUCCUGCGAGGAGAUCAACUAUAUGCAGAAGUCGGUGGUGGUCACACUUUGCCUGGCAGCCGCCAACUCCUGCUUCGACCCCAUGCUCUACUUCUUCUCCGGGGAGAACUUCCGCCACCGCCUGUCCACCUUCCGUAAGGCAUCCGUGAGCAGCGGUAACAACCAGCGCAGCCGGCACCUGCCACCAGCCAUCCACCCCCUCGAGGAGAAUGAGCUCAAUAAAGACAACAACCCGAGUAAGCUUGGGUAGGAUGGAAGAGGAUGAGGCCUUCCUGCUAAAGAGUUGCCUUAGGGGAUAAAGACAAGUGCCAGUUGCUUGUUAUUGAAGAUCAAGCCAAACCUGAAGGACAGGAAAGGAAGGAUGGCCAAUGGGUAGUAGGUGAGCCCAGUGUGCUUGCCAAGGGUACAAGUUAUGAACAAAGAAAUGGAAGUGUAGAUUAAUCGAUGUUAAAUAUUGACAUAAAGAUCCAGAACAGAUGAGGAAGACAAAAGUUUAUUCAGAUUCCAGACAACAUACUACAACUACUUUAGUCCACAUACUACAGUACAGAGCAGCUUGUGCCAGAAUGUGUGUGAUGUGUUUAUACUGCUACUUUAAAAGUGUAUGCAAUGCAUUUAUUGUGCUCAGUGAAAUAUUAGAGGUCUACGCUUCCAAACCUUUGUAAUUUGUGCCACUAAUUUAAAUAUGAGAAUUCGACAUGCCAGAUUGUAUUAUAUACUCACGUUGUUCUUGCGCAGUAGUAAUGCAUGUAUAGGCCUAAUGUACUGUACAUUACUGAGUGUAGGUUCAUAGACCUGCUGUAGUUAUUGUAUAUUACUGCAUAUGUAUCACAAAUUGAUUCUGUAAAUUCAGUGGAUCAUAUUUAUAAAGAUAGUCCUAUGUGUAAAAAAAGACAUUCAAUCUUAAUUUUGUGUGAAAAUAAAACGGUUCUGCUCAAAU